AUGGCCCUCAUCGCUAUUGUGAACAAUCGUCAAUUAACGUACACAUCUCUGUUGACACCGGGUGUUGUGCCACCCUCAAUUGGCUCAUUCAAAUUCAACACGUUGAAUACAGUGGUAUUUGAUAUUGGUACGCUGAUUCCGAACACUGCUCAACAACUUAGUGUUACUGUUUUUAUACGAAGUGGUUACGACAGUAACUCACCGUACAAUGUAUGGUUAUGGACAGAAUUUGGAAAUAAUCAGAAAGAUAUCAAAUUUAAACGAGGUUAUCGCUAUCCACAAAGUGCAAUUUCAUUUGAUUCAGAGACAUUUAAUUUUGCUUAUUCGUCGAAUCAUCCCAAACUCUAUCUCAUGUCUGAUGUCACAGCUGAGACCGGGAAUAUGUUUCUUGAACUAUUCGCUGUUGGUUAUGCACAGUAA